UUCAGCAGUAGGAUGAAUUUAUUCAGAUUAUGUGGUGACUUAUCUCAUUUAGUUGCGAUAAUCAUCCUUCUGCUCAAGAUAUGGAAAACAAGAUCAUGUGCUGGUAUUUCAGGAAAAUCGCAGGCUCUGUUUGCCAUGGUAUUCUGUACCCGAUAUCUUGAUCUCUUCUUCAGCUUUAUCUCUCUGUACAACACCAGCAUGAAGAUUAUCUACAUCGCAUGCAGUGUCGGAACCUGCUAUCUGAUAUUCAUGAAGUUCAAGCCCACCUACGACAGCAACCACGAUACCUUCCGUGUAGAAUUCUUGCUCGGACCCUGCGUUAUCUUGGCUCUCGUCCUCAACCACUCCUUCACCGUUACUGAGAUUCUCUGGACUUACUCGAUCUACCUUGAGGCUGGUGCGAUCCUCCCUCAACUGUUCAUGAUGUCUAAAACUGGGGAAGCGGAAACCAUCACAAGUCACUAUCUCUUCAUGUUGGGCAUGUACCGCGGACUUUACAUCCUCAACUGGAUCUACAGAUACCACACUGAGAGCUUCUUCGACCCAAUUGCCGUUGUUGCUGGAGUCGUCCAGACUGUCCUCUACAUCGACUUUUUCUACCUCUACGUCACCAAAGUGCUCAAAGGAAAGUCCCUGGUCCUCCCUUGCUAGAUGGCAUGGAGUUAAGAAGACAAUCAGCUCGAUUCCCAGUAUCUAUAUAUUUAGCUUUUGAGAGGCAUAAUAUGUUAUCGUUGUAGAAACGGGUAAAUGUUGAGCAUUGAUAAGUUAUUCCAUUGAUGAGGGUUUUGUUUUUAGGUGUUAAGCAUUUAUCUUAGGGAAAGACAACGUAUUUAAAGUGACAUGAUCAGGAAUCUGUUUCAGUAUUUGAGGAAUGAAAGGCGCUUUUUUUUGUGACACCAGUGUUGUCGGCAGUGUUUACCUAACAUGUUAUAUCAGUGCAAUAGUUUUUUUGAUGUAAAAACGGUUUUAUACCAGCUGUAUCUUUCAAGGGCAUGCUUAAGGUCUUACUUGAUUUCACCAUUUAAUGUCUUAUUCAAAUCUUAGGAUCUCUAAAUUAUUUGUGUUACUUAGACUCUUUAACUACUUAUAUUAGUUCGCUUUAUAAUAACUCUCAGGAUAUAUUUCAAUAUUACGGUAAUUUCGUUUAAUAUCGUAGGUUGUUGCAACAUGGCGCAGUUUCAGUUUGUGACAGUGUAUAGCUUUAUUAAAUAUUACAAUUCAAUUAUAUUUUCCAGUUAAGUAA